AUGACGUUUCACUAUGAUAGCCAGUUGUGGAGUAAUAACGAAAGCUUCAAUGCCCACGACGGCACAACUGGGUUUGAUACUCUUGAAACCAAGCUACCCACCUACUGGAGCACCCCAUUUUCCAAGAUCUGUCUCGGUAUGAAGAUUAACACGCAACUGAAUUUCAUUUCCAUCGAUAGGCCAUCGAACUCUCUCCAUGCACUUGUCGCUGACGGUCAGUAUCGCAAUAUUAUGCUGGGCCGUGACAAGUGGAAGAAACUUGUAGGCUCACAGGCAUCUUUACAGCAUAAUUGUAACAAAGACGGCUUUAAUGUGUUUGGCACAAACUUUGGACUUUCCAGAACUAGAAUUGGUAUCCUUGGUAACAAUGAGGACGAUUGCAGAGACUGUGACUCAAGAAUUGGAUUCGGAGCUGGUGGAGCACACGACAAUUCUAACACGUGUGGGAACGAAGUCAGGUAUGGAGGAGAUAAUGGAGACAAACAUCUCAAAACAAUGGGAUAUAUUUUGGUUCAAUAAAAUUCAUCAGCAAUGUGACAUUAUUCUUUACAGAUGGCCUAUGAGAGGUAGCCCUUCAUGCUUUACUAAUACAGAAGGAAACGAUAGACAGGUAGUAUUGUAUGUCGGAGAAUCGCACAGCACUGUUGCUCACUUGGUCAUUCAUUUUCAGUCUCCAGUUCUCCCUCGUUCAAAAGAAUCCAAUAGGAGGACAAAUGCCAAAUUGAAACGACUUUGGCAUUUUAGUUAGUCUUCAGAUGUAGAAGAUUUGCGAGCAAAUUUAGCGAAGCAUGAGGCGAAGGGCUUUUAAAACCGUAAUGCCAGUUUCCUGGCUUUUUAGGAAACGAACACCGUAAGAACUACGUUUCAGCUCUAUUGAAUAAAUGUCACGGUGUAAAGCCAUCCCCGACCACCCCGUCUGUGCGUUUCUGGGGUUUUCCUUCUAACUCAACUCAAUACCAGGGUCACAACUAAUAAAAGGCAAGACGAGGCACUUUCGAUGUCUAGUCUCUAAUCCUUUAGACAGGGAAGUAUUGUUUUUAGUGACGUGAGGUUGCAUUUCCCGCUAAAGUAGUUUCACUAAAUUGUGAAAGUGUGGUGUUUAGUAAGUUUCAAAUGUGUGUUGCAAUGAAUAAAACAAUUCAGUUAAAUAAAUGAAUAGAUAAAACAAAUAUAACAUAAAUAAAACAGCUUCUUUUAUUCAUUAUAGUUAAAUGUGAGGAAAUACAAUUGUAAUGUCUAAAACCUGAUUAGAAUGCGGACAGUCAAGUAGACAUUUCAGUGAGUUAUUUGCGACCUGUACUGCUGGUUACAUGUUUUUGCAGUCACGAUAAGAUAUCAAGUUUUCGAGAUGGUCUGUUUUGAGUUUAAGCUUUAGCUUCUACUAAGAUUGUCGAACAAGAUUUCAUUUGUUAUUAGUGGAACAAGGCACAAAAAACUUGUAAGUAUCGAUCGGUUUUUGUUUAGCUUUCUUAUCCUUUGUGAUUCGGUUAUUACUUUGCUUUAUUCAGCAGAUUUAUGCAUUUGAUUUCAGUGAAUCUUUGUUGAUGUAGUAAAAAGAGUUUACACUUCAGCGCAUCUCAGGUUUUCUUGUUGCGGCUUUCUAGUAGGGAACAUUGGGUUCCUCAAUGCAUUCACCAAUGUCCAUAUUAGUAGAACAUUGAUUCAACUUAAAAAAAGUUAGAUGGAUUUGAUGUGGCCAGCAUAAAAUUUCCACUCAUGCACAUAUGUAAUCUACCGACCCUCCUGUUAGCAGUGGUCCUCCUACAACUUUAGUUUUUGCUAAACCUCUUCAUUGGAAAGCUGAUCGGACUCGGAAGAGAAGAGAGAUAGAGUUGGAAACCGGUCACAUCUUUUGGAGGAUUUGAAUUCCUAUAAAUCGAAGAAAUGAUGUACAUUAAUGAAUAAAGCCUAUUUUUGUGUUCACCACUGAAAUUGCAAACAAAUUGAGUUUUCUGCGUCAAAUCACCCUUCCUUUACGACUAGAAUUAAAUUGUCAACAAAAAUCACGCAUCAUGGCCUCGGUUAAGAUAUGAACAUAACCGUUUCUUCUCUUCCUUUUUUGUUUUAUUAAAUGUAAUCUCAAGUUUUUUUAUUACAACUAAAUAUGCAAACUGGUACAUGGGAAACGGGAAACGUGUUAUCUCUGUCACUCGUUCACUGCAUACCUAAAGGCAGGAUAGGAGCAACUCCAACCCCCAAACUUUCUAUUUCUCGGAAACUAUUGCACUCUGUCCCCCUGGCCCGUUUUCACCGAUCAUUUUCUUGAAUUCAAGUCAAUGUGCAUUUUUAUUUUGAAACAUCUGACUAAGCAGUUUAGCUCUACUCACAGAAUUCUAUUGCGGUUUGUGUUUUUUUUAGCGUUAGAGAAGUUAAUACGUUUUACGUCGCUCAUGUUUUAGUUUUUCUUAUUUUGGGUUCUUUAUUGAGUUUUGUUAUAUUUUGGCGCUGUAACAGCUCUAAAUACCUUGGAAAAUUUCAAUAGUAACGGUUCUUUUUGAGAAUUUCGAUAACUUGAAUUUUGUGCCAAUACUUUCUGUAACUGGACCAAGAGAAAGAGAAGAUGACAGCGGCUUAAGAUCAUAGAUAGAGUUAAAUUAAACUGGGUAUCCCUAUCGAGUCCAAUUGAAGCCAUUCGGUGCACUGGGCGGUACAUACAUACAUACACACGUACGUACGUACCUACAUACAUACAUACAUACAUGCUUUAUUUGACGUCGGAAAAUACUCUAAGAAAGUGAUGAGUGAGCGAAUUAGAUGAAGGCUGUCGCUCUACCAUCCUUUCAUUUACGACUAGCGAUCGCGCAGAAUGCCUGGACAUCAUUAAUCAUCAGCACUGAAGUGGGAGACUUAGAGAAGAAAGGGCCGUGACUAGCGGAGCAUCGUUGAUAAAAUUCGCUUUUCUGUAUAUGAAGACAAAAAGAGUUAGUUCAAUACCGAGGGCAAACUAUGGCCAAUUUUUUAGGUUUAUAGAGAACAAAGCUUACUUUUUGAAAGUCGGAAAUCAAAGUAUUCUCGCCCACUGUGUUCUGAACGAAACAAGUUUGGGACCUUGCGGAGGAGGUGGCUGGACGCUGGUUAUGAAGAUUAACGGAGCACAGGUUGUUUUAAUUAUUUAUUUUUGUUGGUGAUACAAUAGCUGCAUGCCCCAUAAUGUUUGCAGAAAACAGUUAAGAUUUACAGCCGAAAAAUCGAUACGGAUGCAUGGUCUGAGACAAAUAGAACUUAACUUUAGGAUGUCAACUAGGGGAAUAAGAUUAGAGAGACUGAAAAAGUUUCGUUUAUUUCUGAAUGAAAUCCUUCGAUUACGUUUGAUUUGAUGAAGAAAGGAUCCAAAUCAUUUGUCCCAAUCCUAAUUAUUUUAUUCACUUGCUUUAAUUUUGUAGCAAAUAUUUCAAUAUGGCUCCCCUUUAUGGAGCGACAAAACUGCUUUCAAUAUCGUGGGAGGUGAGACAGGAUUUGACGAACAAGAGACGAAAUUACCCACUUAUUGGGAGACACCCUUCUCAAAGAUUUGUCUCGGCAUGAAGAUCCCUGGUGAACAAACUGUGCAUUUCAUCCCUGUAAACCAAUCGGCUGACUCCUUGUACUCUUCGAUCGCUGACCAACAAUUCCGUUCCACAUCAUUGGGCGCCGCUAAGUGA